GCUCUCUGAACUGAGCCCAUAAUGCUCCAUGUCGUUCCAGGACUGUCAAACUCUACUAGUAUACUUAUAGUAUAGUGCAGAAUAGGGCCAAGAUCUAGAAUAGCUCAUCAAGCGACGUAAGCUUGACCCAUGACAAUUAUUGUCAUUAUCCGCAGCUGCGCAGCUUAUCAUUGUGUUCGGGGUCCACCUCCUUUGGUGAUGUUAAAUGGGCUACUGAUGAGUUCUAACAAGUAUUGAAUUGCACCGCUGUCAAGAUAAUACUGCAGAGCAAGGAAGAACCGCAGUUACACACCGCUAUGCUUAUUCAAGACGAUAAGGAACCCUUCGAGUCUCCAUUCCAUACUCCUGAUCACGACCCUCCGCCGUAUCAUGAUAGCUUCUCGUCAGGUUCUACGGUUGUAGCGUCGGCUGACACGAUAGGGCUCGCCAAUGCGCUCACAAUGAAGACCAUUCGGCUGGAAGAGCACCAUGAGUUGAUAUCCGGCACGUACAUCAUCGACCCUGAUGAGUCAGGAGACGAACCAUCCGCUCUGCAAGGCUUUGCAGCCAGGCACAGUGACCUAGUAGGGCUAAGGAAAGCAGCCGACUUUCUCGCUGCAGCGCCGCAUGCCGUUUUUCGCAAUCGUUUCGGGUCCAUCUUUCUAACUCUAGCCACCAAAGGAUCGUCAGAACAAUGCCGUCGGACCAUAAUUGACGUUUCGACCCGCCAUGGGGAUAUUGCCGUUAACUUGAGUUCUGUACACCCUGGUAAACGCAUCACGCUAAGGGUAACUUCCCGAAGAGGCAAGAUGGUGAUACUGCUUCCCCCAACUUUUUGCGGGGACGUGGAGAUACGCAGUAGCAAAUCGGACGGCUAUGACAUUCUUCCAGGACUGUCUAGCAGCAUCCGCAGCAUGAGCGAGAAGAAGAAGAAAACGUUGUUACUCAUCGGCGACAAUACUCUAACUACUUCGGAAGGGAGUAAAUCCAUGGAUCAUUGUCUUCUCUCCUCACGCCACGGAAGGAUUGUCCUAGGCUUGAGCGGACAAGACAGCAUGCCAACACCACAACGAGAGGAUAACAUUUGGAGAAAAAUAGGUUCCUUUUUCCGCGGUGGUGAAAGUACGGGAAGUUCUUUACAGGAUCUCACACAACCUCAUUGACCUCACGACCAGGUUCUUGAGAUUGUGUAGAUACACACGAAGUAUCAAUCUUCUAUCACAGAUGAACGUGAGCAAUCGUACGCGUAGACUUACCUAACUCCGAUGGUACCGGAGUAUGGAUCACACUUCAUUCCGCGUUCGAUAUGCACCAGGUGUCAAGCGCCGAAUAGUUGAUAAACUCAUGUUACCAAGGACCCCGUUUAGUGAUCCCCCACCCCAUUCUUCGCUACCACUUUAUCGCUGUCCAUCUGAUGUCGUUAGACGCCUUUGAUGUCAAUCACCAUAGCGGGUGCCUUUCCCUAAGACGCUUGUUCAAGUUUAAACCUCAACGCGUCCCUAAGAGUUCCAGUACACAAGCGAACCCAUCC